UCAGUUGUGUAACUCCUAAUUGGAUUUUAAUUCAAUUCUCUCGUAUUUCCCAUCCAUCCAACCACUUUGCUCCCUCCUUUAUAAUCUCCUUCUUCCCACACUCCUCUCAGUUUCAGGGCUCUCACCUAGCUCCGAAGCUCUCCUCCUCACCCACUUCAACUACCAAGAAUUCCGCAUUCCACCUUCGACCCACCCAGCAAUCACAUUACACAAAUAAAAAGCUAGUCAAAAUCCCGGCAAUGGGGUCGCCGCCGGACACCAGCAAGACCAUCAAGCUGGAGCGCUACAACAGCUACGUCCGCCGGAUACAGAGCACCAAGCUCCUCAACGCCUCCUCCAAGCUCAUCUUCCGCACCACCCUCCUAAUCGCCCUCGUGCUCGUCCUCUUCUUCACCAUCAACUACCCGCCCCUCUCCGACCGCCGUGUCGACGCCGGCGCCGCCAUCCACCGACACAGCUUCCUCUCCACCGGCUUCUUCUCCUCCUCCCGCUUCCCCACCUCCUCCGCAAUCGGCGGACCGAAUUGGGAGAAACAGGUCCGCCACUCCUCCACCCCGCGCCGCCCCAACGGAUUCUCCAUCCUCGUCACCGGCGCCGCCGGAUUCAUCGGCUCCCACUGCUCAAUCGCCCUGAAAAAGCGCGGAGACGGCGUCCUCGGCCUCGACAAUUUCAAUUCCUACUACGACCCAUCCCUCAAGAGAUCUCGCCAGAAGAUGCUCCUCAAGAACCAGGUCUUCAUCGUAGACGGAGAUCUGAACGACGCCGUACUGCUUGCCAAGUUAUUCGACGUCGUCCCCUUCUCCCACAUCCUCCACCUCGCCGCACAAGCCGGCGUCCGUUACGCCAUGCAAAAUCCCCAAUCCUACGUCAGCUCCAACAUCGCCGGGUUCAUCAAUCUCCUGGAAAUCGCGAAAUCGGCCAACCCCCAACCCGCAAUCGUCUGGGCUUCGUCGAGCUCCGUCUACGGGCUAAACGACAAGGUCCCGUUCUCCGAGCUCCACCGCACCGACCGGCCGGCGAGCCUCUACGCCGCCACGAAAAAGGCAGGGGAGGAAAUCGCCCACACCUACAACCACAUCUACGGCCUCUCCCUCACGGGGCUCCGAUUCUUCACCGUGUACGGCCCCUGGGGACGCCCGGACAUGGCCUACUUCUUCUUCACCAAGGACAUCCUCCAGGGGAAGUCCAUCGACGUCUACCAGACGCAGGAGGGGAAGCAGGUGGCGCGUGACUUCACGUACAUCGACGACGUGGUGAAGGGGUGCGUGGGGGCGCUGGACACGGCGGAGAAGAGCACGGGAAGCGGCGGGAAGAAGAAGAAGCCGGCGCAGCUGCGGGUUUACAACCUGGGGAACACGUCGCCGGUCCCCGUGGGACAGCUGGUGUCGAUUUUGGAGUCGCUGCUGGGGAAGAAGGCGAAGAAGCACGUGGUGGGGAUGCCCCGAAACGGCGACGUUCCGUUCACGCACGCCAACGUCAGCCUGGCGUAUAGGGAUUUCGGGUACAAGCCCUCGACGGAUUUGGCCUCCGGGUUGAGGAAGUUCGUGAAGUGGUAUUCCGGUUAUUACGGGGUGGAGACGAGGGUAAAGAAGGAAGUUCAGGGGGCCGGUGAGGUUCCCGAGGGCGGAUCAGCUUGAUGGGCCGUGGUGUAGCGUGGGCCCCACCCACCAUCCUUUAUUCCUCUUCUCCAUCUCUCACCUGUUAUUAUUACGAUACAAAAAUUUUCCUCCCUUUUCAUUUUCGUCCUUUUGGUGCGUUUUUAUAAAAUACAUGAACUUGGGGGAUUACUGUAGCGAUGGGGAUUAAAUUAUAUGAUUGAUAGAGAGAGAAAGUGGAGUUGGGGUAUGAAAAUGUAAUAAUUUGGGAGGUGUGGGAUUUCUCUGCAGGAAAGGGAGCAGAGAUCUCAUCCUCCUCCAACAACUUGAUGCUCUAUUUAUUUAUUUGGUUUCUUUCUCUCUUUUUGUUCUUUUACAGAAGUGUAAGAAAGGAAAGGAAAGGAAAGAAUUGUAAUUGAACAGUUGUAAUGAUAUCAAUGAUUAGUAUUCCAUUCCCAUAUAAUUAACGAAAGCUUUAAUUGUUAGACUUAGGGUUGCUGUUCUUCAAAGAUUACUUUCCAACACAUUUUAGUAUCAUGAUCUUUGAAAUUGCCAUUCUUGUCUACCACUAGUACAGUAGGCUGUAGAUGGAGCUGGAUCCAGCUCAUUACUCCUGGCCUCAAUUUCAUGACAAGUCUCUCUCUCUCUCCUAGUUGUGUUGUUGGUUUCUUUUUUGCUUGACUCCGACCGGAGUAUCAAUCAAACUCGUAAUUUUGCUAUGACAUCGAUGUAUCUCAAAUGGAACCGUGCUCGAGUUACACCAUAUGUUUAUAGUUUUUUUUAAGUGUUGAUCAAACUGGGAAUCCACCAUUGGAAGUAGAAAAAGUUCUAUGAAUAGGUAGGACAAUGUAAUAUUUGAGUUUGCAGCAAAAUGUGUCACGAGCUAGCAGGACUCAUAUAUAUGAGUCCACCACGUCCCACAAUAGGGAUAUAUCCAUGGUUAAAGAACACGAGUUGAAUUAGCGAAAGCACGUUAGUAUGUUCAAGAGCGAUCCGACAACUAGACCAGUGGAUCAGUGGAAGAUUUGUUGGGAUACCUUGCUUCGAGAGUGUCUUCAGUUACUUAAGUCUGUGUCCUCUUGGUAUAGUUUUAGCGCGGUUCUGCAGAUUGUCAACUCGACUGUCCAUAGAGUGACACUUAAAGCGCUCUUGUUGUUCUCAUUAGAGUGUACUUCAUUUGAUUUUGUAUGGUGGCUUGUUUGGAUGGAUUUGGAGUAGAGGUUUCUAUCUAUCUAGAAAUCAUUAGAAACAAAUUAAUGGAGGUUGUUUUGUUUGUUUUUCAUCUUAGAGUAAUAGUGAAAAUAAAUGGAGUUAUAUAGCUUAAAUAAAUAUAGGUGGCUAGAUAGAGCGGGUAACAUGGGGAGAGAAAAGGAUGGAUUGGGAUGCAUGGUGUUAAUCAAAGCACCGACAGUAUUAAUGUCAUGAAAGUGGGAGUUCAUAUUACCCUCCCUUCCUUCCUUCCAUCCAUCGAGUGGGAAUGAAAAUGAAAGGUGGCG